GCAGCGGCUGACGUGUAGGAAAGAAACUUGCGAAAUCUCCGUUCGUGUCAGCGGCGGACGGGGGCUCCGGGCUGCAGUCUCGCCCUUUCCCGCAGAGACAACCGCUCCGGCAGCGCAAGGCUCAUUGAUCUUCAGCUUGGACUUUUCUCCAGACUUCAUCAGACUCUUGAGAGCUCAAUUGGACAUCAAUGUAGCAUUGAGGAAAAUGACAUCUUCAAUUCUUGUGCCCCUGUUCGGCUUCCUCACAUUGACGUUGGCUUCACCUCCAUCAUUCAGUCCACCUACAGAAUCAUGCCAGAACCAAGGUGUUAAUUUUGACCGCAUUCAUAUUCUGGAAAGGGAAGCAGUGGAGUUGAAAUGCCCUCAAUUGGAAUAUGUAAAGCCUGCAAUGCAGAAUUACAGCGUUAUGUGGUACCACAACAAAACAUCAGAAGUAAUAACAACAGACAAGAAGAAAAGGAUACACGUGGACAAUGAUUCUCUUUGGUUACUUCCUGCAUUAAUUGAAGAUACUGAUCAUUAUAUCUGUGUUGUGAGGUAUUCUACAUUUUGCAUCAAAGAGGCUGUUUCAUUGACAAUUAGUAACUCCACCAGUGCAUCAUGCCCACAGAAUGGCAUUUCCUAUUCGUCAACAUCUUAUUCAAGGACAUCAAAAGUAAUUCAUUGCCCUGAAAUCGCCAACUAUGUGGAUUUAAAUAGAGAUUUUGCACUCAAGUGGUACAAGAACUGCAAUCCUAUUUCAUAUGGUGAUUCAAAAUACAACUACCACAAGAAUAGAGGGUACCUUACUGUAAACAAUGUGGAGCCUUCAGAUGCAGGAAUAUAUGUUUGUGAACUAGAGUUUAUGCAUAAUGAUUUACAAUAUAAAACAUCAAGAACUAUUGACUUUGAUGUUAAAGGCUGUAAAGCGACUGUAGGUCCAGAAAUAAUGCACCCCGAAAAUGGUACAAUUGAAAUAUCACCUGGUUCAAACUUCAAUUUGUCCUGUGUGGCAUAUGCUGGAUUUUGUGAGUCUUCUGUCAUACUUAUAUAUUGGCUAGUAAACAAUGAAUUUAUUGAAGACUAUAUCAACGAAUCUUUCCAGCUUGAAAAAAGGAAAACUAAUGACGACCAAGGCAACUAUCAUCAACUGAAUAUAAUAUUAACCAAUUUCAAAGAAGAGUAUUAUAACAAAGCAUUUAAAUGUGUCGCAGUAAAUGGUGUGGGAGCUCAAAUUGCAGCUGUUUAUUUUAGAAAAACAGCUGCUGAUUUUACACGAGAGAUCGUAGCUACAUUUGGUGUGUUUGCAUGUGUUUUAUUCAUCUGCAUUUGCACGUACAAGAUUUUCAAGAUUGAUAUUGUCCUGUGCUUUCGUGAUACCUUUGUAGUAAAUAGUUCUGAAAAUGAUGGGAAGAAAUAUGAUGCUUAUAUCAUAUAUCCACAAAGCACUUGUUCACCAAACAGUCCUGAUGUACUUAUCUUUGUUAUGAAUAUAUUGCCACGAGUUUUGGAAUUCCAGUGCGGAUAUAGGUUGUUCAUACCUGGAAGGGAUGAUCCUCCUGGAGAAGCUUUAGUUGAACAAGUAAAAACAAAUAUUAAAGAAAGCAGAAGACUGAUUAUUUUGAUGGCAAAGUCUUUGGAUAAAUGGCUGUUUGAGCAACAAGUUGGAUUGCACGAUGCAUUGCUGUGUGACGAAGUGAAAGUUAUUCUAAUUGAGCUGGAGCAUCACGAUGAUUAUAGUGACUUUUCAGAAUCAAUGAGACAUAUUAUACAAAAGAAAGGAACCAUUAAAUGGAAAAAAAAAGAAUGGACUGCAAAAUCUCCGUCUUCAAACUCAAAAUUUUGGAAACAAGUGAGAUAUAAUAUGUCAUCAAAAUCUCCCCAGUCACAGGAAAAUAUUCACCUCAUUUAAUAUGCACCAAAUGGAACUCAAUCCAUCUUUGUAUAGACUGAAGAUUUCUAAAGUUACUCCCAUAGGUAUUUAUGUAAAAUGAAGAGGUGUAUUACAAAACACCAGGGAUUAGUUUAUACAUGGGUUUUCCGUUACGAUCUAGGAGGUCGGAAGAAUUCCAUUUUGGAAUAUUAUGAACUUCAAGGAAAUUUAAACCCUUUAAUUUUUUUCAAAACUUUAUAGUGUCAUAUGAUUUUGAAGGGUAUACCUUUUUAGUUCAUAAUUUUAUUUUAAAACUGUGCAACAUCUGUACUUUAUAUUUAAUAUAGCAUAUAAUGUCCAAAAAAUAGAUUUUGUUUUGUACAUUUUCAGUAAAUAGAUUCAGAUUCCUCAUUUUGUCAUAUCUAAAGAUUACUAAGCACAAUCUAAAAGCAGAUUUGUAAUGUUGGAUAUGUACUAUCGAAUAUGCUUUUAAUCAUACAUAAGAUCCAUUUUGUAGAAACUAGAUUUUUUUUUUAGAUCCUUUUUUAAAAAAAUAUAAUUUUGUUUUGUGGAAGAGUACGUUACAGAAUGUUAUGAAUUUGACACCUUGCACAAACCUUAAAUACACCCCGUGUGACUAUUAAAAGUCAAUAAUGAGAAACAA